AACGUCUUCUUGCCGAAGCUGAGGUAAAGCAUUAGCACACCAAACGCCCAUAAACCCCUCGAAAACCCCUGAAACAUGGAUCAUAUUGCAGCAGCGGAGGAGCGGAUUGUUUCAGACCGACUCAGGCGUAAGCUCAGCGAGGUCAACGCUGCCGCUGAAGCUCACCUCUCUGGUAUUCAGGAUCAUGUCAAUUUCACUCUUCAGCAAGCGUAUUUCAAAUGCGCUCAUGAGUGCUUCGACAGGAGGAGGAAACAGGAAGAGAUUAGCAACUGUGUGGAAAAUUGUAGCGUUCCAGUUGUUAGUGCACAGCAACGAGUCGAGAAUGAGAUGGGCAAGUUUCAAGAAAGGUUGAAUAGGUCCUUAAUGGUGUGCCAAGAUAAGUUUGAGGCAGCCAAGCUCCAACAAAUUAGGACUGACGCCACGAAAGAUUUGGAGGCUUGUGUCGGGCGAUCGAUUGACGAAAGCAUCAACACACUGCCACAUUUGGUGACGAGACUGAAGUCUUCGCUUGCCAUCACUGACUGAAUUGAAGCAAUCUUUUAAAAUGGUGUAUGUUCUGCUUCAUACCAUACCGCUGUUUCAUUAGUUCACAACCUGAUGUUCUUUGAGGUCUGAAGAGAGAUAACAAUCAGACCUGCAAAAUUUUCCCCCAUUUUACGUAAACUUGAGAUGUUUGGCUUUUCGUUGUUUAAAAGAGGGAGAAACAAGUCCAAGA